CAUUUCAUCAUCUCACUUCCUAUCAAACCGUCUUCUCUUUCUAAUCUAUUUAUUAUUGAUCUUGUAAACCUAUCAACCAUAUCGUGGAAAUCAUCCAUCUCGUUCUCCUACCUGUUCUACUUCUUCUAGUGUGAAGCAACCAUGGUUGCGAGGCGGAAACGACCAGCCUCAACUUGUCGCUCUGCCGGCAGAGUUACAGCUCGACUACUCUUAUCAUUCCUUGCCGUUUCCGCCUCUCCGGCCGUUGCUCGAAUCCAAAAUGCGGAGGCGCUCUUCCCGAACUCACCGAUACUUGCGCCUUUGAUACCUGAACCACCGCAACCGGCCGAGCACACCUUUACCUUACGUCACAUAUUCCAUCACGGGACGUAUCGGCAUCCCGGAUUACAUCGAAGGAAGGACAUAGUUGAGCCGGAGGCUGAGGUAUGGCUCGCUGGUGGAGAUGGGCAUCAAGCGGAGCGCAUACCGCCCUUGAAGGCAAAGAGUCAACCCCGAAAGAUUGAGCGUCUCGUCGACCGACGGCCGAGUACUGUGGAUCCAUUAGUUGCCGAAGCUCGUCAACGAGGCUAUGUUAUUGCCAGUGAACCUUCCGCAUGGACAGUCGAUGAAGUUCUGGGACCCGAUGUCUCCCAAAAGGAAACUGUGUUGACUAUGGCACUAAUAGCGUCUGAUGCUUACGUGGAGAACCCCACACAACCAGACUGGGACGAAGUCGGUGAGCCAUUCAACCGAAGUGCGGAUUUUGGCUGGGAAAGUGAUGGGCUGAGGGGACACAUUUGGGGAGAUGAGACGAAUUCUACUAUUGUUAUUGGUCUCAAGGGAACUUCGCCAGCUGUCUUUGAUGGGGAGGGUACCACCACCAAUGACAAGAUCAACGAUAAUCUCUUCUUCAGCUGCUGCUGUGCUCAACAAGGUCAAUGGUCGUGGCACCAGGUCUGCGAUUGCGCAACCAGUACUUAUAGCUGCAACAAUACUUGCGUGAGAAAAGCCUUACAUGACGAAAAUCGGUAUUACCAAGCAGCUAGGGAGCUUUAUGCAAAUGUCACCGAGCUUUAUCCAGAGUCAAAUAUCUGGAUUUCUGGGCAUUCGCUAGGUGGCGCAGUCAGUUCCCUUCUCGGUUUGACGUACGGUCUUCCUGUCGUAACAUUUGAGGCUGUUCCAGAAGCAUUAGCAGCCGGAAGACUAGGUCUUCCCGUCCCUCCGCAUGCGAACCCCGACUUUCCACAGACUCGUGAAUACACGGGAUCUUAUCACUUCGGGCAUACAGCCGAUCCCAUUUAUAUCGGUACUUGCAACGGUGCGACUGCUUCGUGUUCUUUCGCAGGCUACGCAUUAGAGACAGCGUGUCAUACUGGCUAUGAAUGCGUUUAUGACACGGUGGCAGACCAUGGUUGGCGAGUAGGCAUUGGAACUCACAAAAUCCGAUCUGUGAUUAACGACGUCAUUCGGAAGUAUGACGAUGUUCCUGAAUGUAAAUUUACGCCAGACUGUCGGGAUUGUGCGAAUUGGAAAAUGUAUGAGAGUAACAGCACGGAAAGUACCACCUCUUCGAGCAGUUCUACUACGACUAAGACACGUACCCGGACAGCCACAUGUCAAACUCCUGGAUGGUGGGGUUGUCUUGACGAGACUACGACAACAGGCGUGACUACCACUUCAACCACAAGCACAUCAACCUCGACAUGUAAAACCCCCGGAUGGUUCGGCUGCAAGGACGAAAUUACCACUACCACUACCAGUGCCACAACCACUUCUUCCUCUACUACUACCACCGCCACCACUACGUGUGAAACUCCAGGCUGGUUUGGUUGCAACGACAAGACGACAACAAGUACAAGUACCGCAACAUCGCUACCACAAACACAGAAUCACCCCAUCACGUCGCCUCCUUCUUUACCCACUUCAGCAGCAUCGCCUGAGCCUACACCCACAGGGGAGCCUAAAUCCCACUGUCUUCACCGAAACUGGGCCGGGAUGUGCAAGGAGUGGUCGAAAGGGCAAGACGACGAAUCAGAGGCCGAGUGGGCGAACGAGGAGAUAUAAGUAGGUCCCCGCAACCUACUAUUUUAGUACUAUGACUUGUUUUAGCUGGACUAGAUUGGGAUACACUGUGGGCUCAUCGGCGUUUAGUUUGGAUCGCAUCGUGUUUAAACGACUGGUGUUUUUUUUAACUCUUCAGCGCCGACCUGAAGACUUAACAUCAUGUCAAUAAGAUUACAUGUCGAGCAUUUUCUUGUCUAUAUCAUAGCCCCUACAGCAUACUAUUGUCACUGCAGGGUUCUUACGUUAUUACGCAUUUUCAGAUACAAUCGAAUAAGAGAACCAUUUAUAAAUCGAGCCUACAUGCGA